AUCGCGACUCCGCGUAGAAGUAGCCGGCCCCGCUCGUACAGGCGGGCGUGCCCAACCGACACGACGCCGAGAAGACCGCGGGCGGGAACCCUUCUUCUCCUCUCGAGUAGGCCGCGUGUACAAGCUAGAGUCGCCAAGGGUCGACCCCCAGCACGCUGACGAAGAGCUCACGAACCCGUCCCGUCGGCUCCCACCCGCUCCCGAAGCAGUUAGGGCAAUUAUGCUUCAUCGCGGAUCUCUUCUUGCACAGUGACGACCAACACCCCGGGUGAGAGAGGGUGUUGCGUCGCUUUGUCUGUGCGUCUGUCUCGGCGUCUUCCGACGGCGUCAGUUCGAGGCGCUCACUGGAGCAAGAGAUAGCACAAGUCAGUCGGCCAUUGUCUCCCAUCGUCGUCUUGCGGCGGGAAAAUCCGCAAGGACCCGCUUCCUGAAGGGUGCAUCCCCUUCCCGCCCAGGACAACACCAAGAAGUUCCUCGCUGUUUCCAUCUGCUGUCGUGUGGUGCGCGUGUUGUGGAUGUGGGCGUUGCGGACCCGUUUCUAUCCUGGCCACUUUUCUUCGGCUGAGCGCGCUGAGUGACAGAAAUGCCAGGCCGGUAGUGUGCAGGAUUAGGAUGUGCCUCAUGCACCAAUCGUGAUGUUCUCGCCAGGCGUUGUCCUACUAUUCUUGGCUGCCUACGUUGUAGGUGCAGGAUGCACCAGUAUAGACUGCUUGACAACGGCUGACGACUUAAUAAAAGGGCGCACUUGCUUCUACGGACAAAACUGCACUGUACACUGCAAGUCAUCGUGUCUUGCACGAAAGGAUGCACAUGUUUAUGGAACUGUGCCUCUACGCCAUGGAAUCAUCCGUGUGCAAAAGCGCACUCCACGAUUUGCGCAUAUCGGUUUGGAAUAAUUCAGCACAGACGGUUACUUUUGUGGCAUACCAGGAACAGCGCAGUGAUUACUCAGCGUCCACCCGGUAUGGAGUUACUUCAUCAAGCUCUUUCAUUAAUUCCGGCUCUUUUAGUUUCUCGUCACCUCGAAUAAAAGAGGACGUGUUGGACGUCACAGCACUCCACAGAAAUUUCAUUUACGACAGCAAGAUCAAACCGCGGCUAGAGUGUCAUGGUCCCGACGAAGGAAUAUACUUCGACUAUGCCAUCAAAGAAGUUCUAUUUACCAAUUUAAUCACUCAUCCACAGCCUGUGAAAACCUUGAUACCUGUCAACCAGGUGAUAUGA